AUGGCGGCUACUCGUAACAAACCAAGCGUGUUUACGGCCUUAAAUCAAUUGCACGUGACAAAUUAUUUGGACUCAGAUGAUGGAAGUGCUGAGGAAAGACAACAGGAACGAAAAGAAAAGCAAAAGCAGAAGAAAAAGACGCGAUCAAAGAAGAAAAAUAGUGAAUCUGUACAGCUCAAGACUUUGGCAUUUGUAUCAGUCUCAAAGCCCAAGAAAAGCAAGAGCAAAAAGAGCAAAAUACUGCCUCAAUCGCCCACUGGAUUGCCAGAUACAGAGCUAUCGUUGAGUAUCAAGGAUGAUGAUAAUAAGGACAAGAAGAAGGUGGAGGAACUGAAACCUUUACUGGAGAAAAAUAUACUGAACGAGACAUUGCAAAAGACUUGUGACGUUCGUAAUGACAUUGACAAGAAGUCACAGUCUGUGCCUCAGCAGCAGAAAAUGAAUCCAGUAUCCAAAAAGCAGCAAAAAAAGAAGGCAGCAUCUCCCCCACAACAGCAACCGCAGCCUCCACAGCAAGUAACGAUACCACCUUCCAAUGGUACCUCUCCACCAGUUAGUACCCCUCUGUCUCAAUCAGAGACGGAGCUAGGUGCCAUAUACACACCAGCGCACAUCACGAUCACACGCGAAGAUGGCCAAGUGAAGCGUACCGUCGCCGUGACGGAGGUGAUGGAUCAGCUGCUUCGCUGUACGCAGCAAAACUCACAGCUUUUAAUGAUGCAAGAACAACUGGGGCAUGCAAAUCGCAGUCUCCAGGAUCAAUUACAGCGCAGUUCUGAAAUCAUCAAUGGAUUGCAGAAUGAAGUGACAAUGUUUCGGCAGAUGUGUUUGAACCUCCAGGCCGAGGUAUCGUUGCUACGCUCUCAUGCUGUCUCAGAUGUUGGAAACAAUCAUCAAUCGUUGCAACAUCGUCCACCACCUGGUAUGUCUUAA